AUGGUGAACCUAUGGCACAAGUGCUGCGGCCAGCUGCCUGUUAUCAUUGAAAGCCCUAAAAGGUUCACCAUCACUGUACUUGAUGGAUGGGCAGACAGAGAUGAAGUCAUUGAAGGUUAUGAAGUGGAAGCUAACGGAGGAAUCACGAUAAAGCUGCAGUCUCCAGAGGUCAGGUCAUUUGAUGAUUAUUUCCUGAAGUUAAGGCUGGACACUAACACGAGGAAUCCCUGGUUCCCUGAGUUCUGGCAACACCGAUUCCAGUGCCGCCUACCGGGACACCUUCUGGAAAACCCCAACUUUAAAAGAAUUUGCACAGGCAAUGAAAGCUUAGAAGAAAACUACGUCCAGGACAGUAAGAUGGGGUUUGUCAUUAACGCCAUCUAUGCGAUGGCACAUGGGCUGCAGAACAUGCACCACGCCCUCUGCCCUGGCCACGUGGGCCUGUGUGACGCAAUGAAGCCCAUCGACGGCAGCAAGCUCCUGGACUUCCUCAUCAAGUCCUCCUUCAUCGGUGUGUCUGGAGAGGAGGUGUGGUUUGAUGAGAAAGGGGAUGCUCCUGGAAGGUAUGACAUCAUGAAUCUACAGUACACAGAAGCUAAUCGCUAUGACUACGUGCACGUUGGGACCUGGCACGAAGGUGUACUGAACAUUGAUGAUUACAAAAUACAGAUGAACAAGAGUGGAGUAGUGCGGUCCGUGUGCAGUGAGCCUUGCUUGAAAGGGCAGAUUAAGGUCAUUCGGAAAGGAGAAGUGAGCUGCUGCUGGAUUUGCACAGCCUGCAAAGAGAACGAGUAUGUGCAGGACGAGUUCACCUGCAAAGCCUGUGACCUGGGCUGGUGGCCCAACGCAGACCUAACAGGCUGUGAACCCAUUCCAGUCCGCUAUCUUGAAUGGAGCAACAUAGAGUCUAUUAUCGCCAUCGCCUUUUCCUGCCUGGGCAUCCUUGUCACCCUGUUUGUCACACUUAUCUUUGUGCUGUACCGGGACACACCUGUGGUGAAAUCCUCCAGUCGGGAACUCUGCUACAUCAUCUUAGCUGGCAUCUUCCUUGGGUACGUGUGCCCUUUCACUCUCAUUGCCAAGCCUACCACCACGUCUUGCUACCUCCAGCGGCUGCUAGUUGGCCUCUCCUCUGCCAUGUGCUACUCGGCGUUAGUGACCAAGACCAAUCGCAUUGCGCGUAUCCUGGCAGGCAGCAAGAAGAAAAUCUGCACCCGGAAGCCCAGGUUCAUGAGUGCCUGGGCCCAGGUGAUUAUUGCCUCCAUUCUGAUUAGUGUGCAGCUGACCCUGGUGGUAACCUUGAUUAUCAUGGAGCCGCCCAUGCCCAUUCUGUCCUACCCAAGUAUCAAGGAAGUCUAUCUUAUCUGCAACACCAGCAACUUGGGUGUGGUGGCCCCUGUGGGCUACAAUGGACUUCUCAUUAUGAGCUGUACCUACUAUGCCUUCAAGACCCGCAAUGUGCCCGCCAAUUUCAACGAGGCUAAAUAUAUUGCCUUCACCAUGUACACCACCUGCAUCAUCUGGCUUGCUUUUGUGCCCAUUUACUUUGGGAGCAACUACAAGAUCAUCACUACUUGCUUCGCAGUGAGCUUAAGUGUAACCGUGGCCCUGGGGUGCAUGUUCACUCCCAAGAUGUACAUCAUCAUUGCCAAGCCCGAGAGGAACGUCCGCAGUGCCUUCACCACAUCUGAUGUAGUCCGCAUGCACGUCGGCGAUGGCAAGCUGCCCUGCCGCUCCAACACUUUCCUCAACAUUUUCCGAAGAAAGAAGCCAGGGGCAGGGAAUGCCAAUUCUAAUGGCAAGUCUGUGUCAUGGUCUGAACCAGGUGGAAGACAGGUGCCCAAGGGACAGCACAUGUGGCACCGCCUCUCUGUGCACGUGAAGACCAAUGACACGGCCUGCAACCAAACGGCCGUCAUCAAGCCCCUCACUAAAAGUUACCAAGGCUCCGGCAAGAGCCUGACCUUUUCAGAUACCAGCACCAAGACCCUGUACAACGUGGAGGAGGAGGAGGACGCGCAGCCGGUUCGCUUCAGCCCCGCCAGCAGCCCUGCCACGGUGGUGCACCGCCGCGCGCCCGCCGCGACCACGCCGCCUCUGCCGCCCCACCUGAGCGCGGAGGAGACGCCCCUCUUCCUGGCCGACCCGGGGAUCCCCAAGGGCUUGCCCCCUCCCCUGCAGCAGUCUCCCCCACAGCCACCGCCCCAGCAGCAGUCCCUGAUGGAGCAGCUCCAGGGAGUGGUGGGCAACUUCGGCGCGGGGAUCCCAGACUUGCACGCGGUGCUGGGCGGGCCCGGGGCGCAGGGGAACGGGCUGCGCCCCCUGUUCCCGCCCCCGCCUGCGCCGCAGCACCUGCAGAUGCUGCCGCUGCAGCUGAGCACCUUCGGGGAGGACCCCGGCUCCCCGCCCGCGGACGACGACGACGAUAGCGACAAGUUCAAGCUGCUGCAGGAGUACGUGUACGAGCGCGAGCGCGAAGGGAACACGGAGGAGGACGAACUGGAAGAGGAGGAGGAGGACCCGCAGGCGGCCAGCAAGCUGACCCCGGAGGACUCCCCGGCCCUCACGCCUCCGUCGCCUUUCCGAGACUCGGUGGCCUCGGGCAGCUCGGUGCCCAGCUCGCCCGUGUCGGAGUCGGUGCUCUGCACCCCUCCCAACGUGACCUACGCCUCUGUCAUCCUGAGGGACUACAAGCAGAGCUCGUCCACCCUGUAGGGAGCAGGCGUCCUCGCGGCGAAGCAAGACAAGCCGGAGAGAGCUCCGACCCCUCCAGGGACGGGCAGAAAGUGGGAGGAGAGGCGGAGGAGAGGGGAGAGGCGGGAGAGGGAGCCGGCUGCUGCCUUUGGAAAGGAGAGGGAGACCAAGCCGAUUUCCAGGCCAGGCCGUUGGCUCUUCAAUUACUCAAAAGCCUUCUCUAGGAGGAAAGAGAAUUCUGACAAAGCACAAUCCACAUGGUAUGUAACUUUUAGCGCAAAUAAAAAUAAAAGUAAAUAAAAUCAACAAAAAAUAAUCUCUUUUGCACAGCCGUGCAUCCAUAUAUACACCCGCACACACUUGGCCAUGCUUGGACAGCGACAGCGCCUGUGGACGUGCGGCCGAAUCAUCCCUUUGUGUCGUGGCGUUCGUGGCGAGCAAGUGGAGCGGGGCAGAGGCGGCGGGGUACAAGGGAGGACCCCAGGGACCAGGUGAUGGGACAGCAUCUCUCCUGGUUCUCAGAAGCCCUGCUCCCCGUUGGGCGCACAGACUCCUACUAUGCAGGAGACUCAGAAACUGACCCUGACGAGGCCUCACCUCACCCGCCGCUGUCACUCGGUGCCCGCCUUGCUACUGCACUUGGAGGAAGGUGCCCGAUCACUCCAAGGCGUUGGGAUUUUCCUCUCUUUAGGAGAAGAGGAACAAGAGCAAAACCUCACCAAGUGCUUCCCUUGGGGUGCUGUGGGAGGAAAAGAUGAGAAGUAAGAUGGCGCCCACGCGUGGGUCUUUGAGAAAAUCCAGUCGGCAUAACCACCUUCUCAUACUUGAUGCUUGCUUUUUGGUGACGUUGGAAAAAGGCAAGAACAGCAGAUUGCUUUAAAAGUGAGAGACAUUUUGUGGAUUUACUUAUGUUUGGGCCAAGUGGACUCGCCAUUGCCCUUCAGUUAAACAAAACAAACCACAUGGCAGAAGUGUUACCCUCCCGUUACUGUAGCAAAUAAAAUUAGUCAGUUGGACUUUUAAGAUUCAGUAUAUGUACAAUGUGGUGCCAUUGUUUCUCCGAUAUACUACAGAAACAAACCCAUCUUUAAACCUGAGGGUGUACUCAUAGCAACUAUUACCGGUUUAAAUGACAAGUGAUUCUUUCCUAUUGUCAUUGGUGUCCUUGUAACUAGCGAGUGAAUGUGUUGCUGUGUGCCUGUAUACGUGUGACCCUAAAACUUGUGCAAUGUAAUGUCUACCUACUGCAACUAGAAGAUUGUUUUUUGGAUAGAGCAUAGAUAUUUUUAUGUUCCAAUAAUGUUUUAUAUAUCAUUGUGACCCAUCUCUGCAGAAGUUCUUUGAAGGUUUGAGUACUACGAUCCAAUGUUUUUCAUAUGAAGUUCAGAUGAUGAUUCUUCUAAGAUGGAACUUAUUUUUGAGAUAUUUUAUGAUGUGGGAAUGUUACUAAUGAAGUAGCAUAAAAAUUUAUUGUAUAAAAGAUAACAAAAACUGUGGACGAUCAUAAAAGGUACAUUUUAUAAACUUGUGCAGAUCAUUAUUAAAACAUAAGACUGAAAAGACAGGAUUUAGAUUAUUUCAGGUUAUUUUAGUUUUUUAAAAAACGAUUUCCCAUAGCUGAUUGAACUUUAUCUUCCUCUUGCAUACAACACCCAAGUCUAGUCAUGAUUUUUCAAGUAUUACUCAUCAAUCAUAUUUUCCUUUCUUUUAAUUUUCAUUUUCAUACACUUUUAUUCUUAUGUUUUUGCUAUCAUAACUUUUCUUUAUUCCCUCACUUGCUGCUGUGUAAUAUUCACAUACAUAUAACACAGUUAUUCUAUUUUUGUGCUCUGUUAUUGUCCCCAAUAAAAGAAGUUUCCUUGGUGUUUAUUUCUUGGUAUUUAUUUCUUCUAUUAUUUGCAGAACAAAUCCUAUCCCUUUAAAUGCCUUACGUUUAGUUGUAUUUUUUAAAGACUUUCUGCAUAUUGAUGCUACCAAUGAUGCUGUUGAUUUCUCAACCAAAAAUCAUCUUCGACUCAUUGCAUAUUGACUGCAUUAUUUAUUCAGAAUUUAAUUAACUCCAACUUUGGAGACUUGUUUCCUGUGUUUUACCAUGUUCUACCAAAGUGUAGUCAGUUCAGUCAAGGAUAAACUGUCUCUCCUUUACAAAAUUAUUUUACAAGACCUUUACUGAAAAGACCUCAUGACUAAACUGUGAAUUUCAGUUCCAUGUUUUCAUUGUAAUGCAGCAGAGUGAGAAAAAAUGGAUGGUUCCAGCCCUUAAUAGAUGGAUUUCUACUAAUAGGCAUUCUAGCAAGAGGAUUCAUAUUAUACUUUAUUAGUGAAACAUGGCCUUUUAGUCUUAAAGCCACUAAUGUACAACCUUAAUAUUUGAGUACUUGUGCAUUCAGAUUUUUUAAAAGUCAAAUUAGACAAAGAAAAUGAUUUCUAUUGAACUAAGAUAUUAGUUUGUUCUGAGGUUUUGGUCUGAGAUAUUUGGUGAGCACAUUCAACACUGAUUACAAUAAUACUCUGCCUACUAAUGUCAUAAUCAUGAGUUUUCCUAAAUAAUUAGAGUAUUAGCUCUUAUAUCAUAAUUAAUUAAAAACUGGAGACGUACACAUACAUACUCUGUACCAAAAUGGCAGAAACUCUUCACCUUAAUGUAUGUGAUUAUGCAAAUUGUUUUGCUUCUUGUAAAAGUGAUUUCCUUUGGCUUGUUACUGCCUUUUGUCAAAUAAUCUUGACAAUGCUGUAUAAUAAAU